AUGUUAAAUGGAAACCCUGUUGGUUUGGAUGAAAUCGAGGAUGAAACACUAAAGGACCUUCUGUCGUGGAUGUUAAAUCUAAAACCUGAAGACAGACCAUAUUCUAACGAAGCAUUAAAACACCCAUUUCUUAUGUCAGAUGAUGAGAAGUUUGAAAUGUUAAGUAAAGUUGGGAAUCUUCAGCAGAUUAAGUCCAAUGAUCCCCAGUCAAGUGUCGUUCAAAAAUUGAAUAGCGAAUCCGUACAUUGGAAAAGUCAAAUGGAUUGUGAUGUUUAUGAUUGUUUGGUGAAUGGAAGGCCCUAUAGAUCUUCAUGGACAGAAUGCUUAAGACUUAUUCGAAAUGUUCACCAGCAUUGGAACGAUCGACCACGACCUCUACCACAACCAGAACCGUUUUAUAAGAUUGGCGAUUACAGGGCGUAUUUUCUCCGAACAUUUCCUAAUCUCCCUGUUCGGAGUCUAGUGACUAGACAAUCCUACCAAGUGUCUUCCGCAUCUUAUGCUGUGAUGGAGAGAGUUUUAAGACAACAACGUUUUGACACCAAUCCUAACGCUCAAGACAUUGCUAGAUCGUGGUUGCACUGGUUUGCUACUUUCCAAAACUUUGUAGCUGCUAUACCUAACGAAGAAGUGAACAAAUUAAAGGUUCUAGUCAAUUAUGUUUCUGCCGACGUUUAUCAACUUUUCUGUGAAGCGACAACCUACGAGGAAGCUAUAGAAUUGUUAAAAAACCUCUAUGUUAAGGUUCAUAAUGAGAUAUUUUCGCGACAUAAGUUAGCUACUCGUAAACAACAAUCUGGCGAGAGCCUGGAUGAGUAUUUGCAAGAAUUAAAAUCGCUAAGCAAAGAUUGUAAUUUUCGUAGCGUGACAUCAAAUCAAUAUCGAGACGAAGCUGUACGAGACGCGUUUAUAGCAGGUCUUCUUUCAACUAACAUCCGCCAACGUCUUCUUGAGAAUAAAACAUUAGACAUUCAGACAGCUUUUGAUCAAGCCCGAGCCUUAGAUACAGCACAGAGAACUUCUGAAACUUAUGCAGACGGAAUUCCAAUAACAGCUGCUGCUCUAUCAAACAAGGACGGGGGGAAUUCGUUUAUUAAUCAACGGGCAUUCGAAAACCAAGAUAAAAUUGAUCAAUCUGACGGACAUCAAGAGAACAACGGCAUAGAAAGAGUAUGUAAAUCGGUCGCUCCUCAGGCUUAUAUAGCAUUAGCACCAACUAAACAUACAGUAGCAAAGUCACUAAAGAAAGCCUGUAUUGGUGUCUUGAUUAAUGGAAAAUCUUGCGAAGCUCUAAUUGAUUCGGGAAGUACACAUAAUUUUAUACAUCCUAAAGUUGCAAGUAAUCUGGGAUUGAACGUUUAUACAACUCAAGAGAAAGUAACAAUGGCUGCAUCCUUGUUUUCUUCUAAAAUUCAAGGCUAUUGUCUUGCCGAUAUUAUACUUAAAGAGCGAGAGUAUACGAAAGUAAAACUGUUUGUCUUAGCAAAUUUAUGUACGAACGUGAUAUUAGGACAAAAUUGGCAGGAAAAACAUGAAAACAUAAUUAUUGAGUAUGGGGGAAAAUCGCCCUCUUUAACGAUAUGUGGUUUAUCAACUAUAAAUAUAGAGCCACCGCCGUUGUUUCAAUUUUUGUCUGAAGAUUGUAGACCGGUAGCUGCAAAAUCACGAAGAUACAGUGCCGAAGACAGAGCGUUCAUCGCAAUGGAAGUGUCGAAAUUGAUUGAAGAAGGGAUUAUUGAAGAAAUUGGACGCUUAUCCGAUGCCAAGAAUACAGUAAACGCAGUUGCCCAAUAUAGUGUCUUUAGCACUGUAGAUCUUAAAAGUGCAUACCAUCAAGUACCUAUCAAAAAUAAAGAGAGAAAGUACACGGCUUUUGAAGCUAACAAUCGACUUUAUCAGUUCCGUAAAAUCCUAUUUGGUGUAACUAAUGGAGCGGCGGCCUUUCAACGAUCAAUGGAUACUUUCAUAUCCGAAGAAGCUUUAGAAGAUACUUUCGCGUAUUUAGACAAUAUUACUAUAUGCGGUUACAAUCAGGAGCAUCAUGAUAAAAAUUUGGAACUUUUUAUGAAAACAGCAAGGAAGCGUAACCUAACAUUUAAUGAAAGCAAGUGCGUUUUUUCGGUAACUUCAAUUAGUAUACUCGGAAGUGUUGUAUCUCAAGGAGAGAUUAAGCCAGAUCCGGAGAGACUAAAACCUUUGCGGGAGCUGCCAGCCCCACGUGAUGCAAAAGCUCAAAGGCGUGUCAUCGGUUUGUUUUCAUAUUACUCCCAAUGGAUUAAAGAUUUUUCAACUAAAAUUAGACCUUUGUCUCACAAUUUAGCUUUUCCAUUAUCAAAUGAUGCGUUGCAAGCGUUUGAUUUACUGAAAAAUGAUAUUGAGAAUGCUGUAGUAGGAUCAAUUGAUGAAUCUUAUCCUUUCCAAAUAGAGACCGAUGCAUCAGAAUUUGCACUUUCAGCGACAUUAAAUCAACAAGGACGACCAGUAGCAUUCUUCUCAAGAGCACUAAAUGGUUCAGAACUAAAACACUCGUCAGUAGAAAGGAAGCAGCUGCUAUCGUGGAGGCCGUUCGUAGGUGGAAACAUUAUCUAA